AUGUCCUCCACGGCCCUGCAGCGCAGAACCAAUGUGUUUCUUCCUCGACAGCAACCCAGCGAGUCGGCGCAACCGGCCGCUGCCGCUACCAGCACCAGCACCUCCCGUCCUGGCCACGCAAACGACCUGGCCAUCGCGGUGCCCGCUGCUGCAGGAAGCAUCAUCGUCUUGAUGCUUCUCUCCUGGGCGGUAGUCGUGCUGACCAAGAGACGGCGCAGACGCGAAUUAUCGACUAGCGCAGCAGGGGCGAACGAAGCCCAGGAUGCGGCCGACCUCUCUUCUCAGCGUCGACCGAAUACGGCCGCGGGCGGCACAGCCCCGCGAGCAGAAGGCGGAUCUGUAAGAAUGUUGCUCUUCCACCUUUUUGGAGGCAGCGAUCCACGAGUGCAGGCUUCCCGAAAUACUGCCCAAGCGUCCGCGGAGACACCUGAGGAGCGGACGAGGCGUCGAGAUGAGAGGCGAGCUAUGCGCUUGAGGAGAACAGACUCUGGGCAUAGCGUCAAGACCAUACCCGUCUAUCAAGAAGAGGUUGGCGAGGGCGAGCUGGUACUGUACAAGUGAGUCCUGCCCGACAGCCGAUAGCCGAGUCGAGCUUCGGCGCCCGCCAUGUUACCGAUCACCUUUUAAUUCUGUCCCACUUUGCCAUCUUCUGAUAGAGCGCAAGGCUCGGGGUCUCAAGUGAACCUCACACCCAUGCCGACCAGGGGAUCAGCCUCCGACGCGUGGGAAAGGGGACACGAGCGCGCAGCAUCGCUUCCGCUCCUGGGUGGACAGACCUCGGCUCCUCAUUCAAGGACGAACAGCCGGCGAAGCGUCAUCGGAGAUGUCCGCGCAAGCUUGCGGCGCAGCCUGGUCGGAAGUCCCAGGCGCGACUCUGUGCGCGCCCGUCACGCCAGCUCUGGUGACGCUGAAGCCAACACAGAUUCGAAUGAGAUGGAGUCGCUAAACUUUGUCGCAGCAUCCACUUCGAUGGGCACCCUGGACGAGACCCUAUCCCUGGAUCGUAGUCCGGAAGAAGGGGAAGAGGAGCGUGAGCGAUCUGACACUGCAGAAGUACCUCUGGAUGACACACCAGAUUACACCUCGCUGUACCCUAGCGUUCACGCUGUUGCCGAAAGUCGACAGUCGCCAGUACCAGUUACGGAGUCUGCUGCACCGCGGAGAAGCGGACUACGGUCAAUCUUCGAUCCAAGGCGUCUGACACUCCACGUCACCUCUCCUGCCGGGUGCAGUCGUAGAGCAGAGGGUGUCCCAGAAGCGAAUCUUGGCGUUGCUCCGUCGCAAAAUGCCGUUUUGCCCAUGCAUCAUCGCAGGAUGGCAUCUCACGCCAGCGUCUUCUCGACGCUGACCGGUUUCACAGAUGGCAGAUCGCUGUCCCUGCAUCCCACUCAAAGCAGGAGCAGUGUAGCACCUGGCUCCGCUUCGCCUUCCGGGCACCAUCGACAUGGCUCCACUCCAUCGUCAUAUCAAUCCGCAAUCAGGAACGGUGACGUGCGACUUUCAUUCAGCCCUAGCGUGGUCAGCCUCGCGCAGCCCUCGCUGUCUGACUUGUCUGGUACAGCAGUCCCAAGAGUGCGAGGUCAAGCGAUAUCCGGGCCUGUAGAGGGAAGCGUCAUCCGCACCUCGUUCCUCAACUUUGGCACCCCUACAGGACCCGAUGGGAACAGAGCUCGACCCACCCCAGAGCAGCUGAGGUUCCUCAACUCUGUCGAAAGUCUGGGACGCUACGGAGUGCCUGUGAACGGUCCCAGUGGAGGUGAAAUCGAGGCGCCUCCGCCAGCCUGGGAGUCGCUUGGUCUGCAUGCCGAUGAUGCUCCGUCAUCCGCAAGCGCUGCGCCAAACGUCGACGACUUCGCAGCCUUGCAGUCCUGCGCUCGUGCCCCUCCACCUCUGCUCUUGUCUUCUGAGAUUGCUGUGCGCGAAGGUCAAGGACAGCGACGCGAGGAAGGCUAUGCGAUCAGUCCCAUUGGGCCCCAGCCUGCUUCGGCAGCACCAGCAGAAAGUGCUGCGCAGUCCGCUGAUGCACAAGUGGACCCACAGUCGUCUGGACCUACCGAAGAUGAGAAUCCAACGAGCAUGCCUUCGUGA